AGAAGUUCCAUUUCCGGCAUGCCUUAAACGGGCUAAAAUUUAUUGACUUGUCAGACAGUUUUAAAUAUAUUUAGCGAGAGGUAGUGGAUAUCUAUUCUGAACCGUUUGAGUCCACACUGCGCCAGAGGAGAAGCAUUUGUUUGGAGUCAUUUAGAUAGGGUAAGUCAUGCCUAACCAGUUUCAGAAGGAGAGCUUAGACGCACACAAUCAGUACCGUGCCCAACACGGUGCCCCGCCAUUGAGGUGGUCCUCAAAACUAGCAUCCGAUGCGGAGAAAUGGGCCAAACAACUGGUGAAGUUAAAUCGUCUGCAACACCACACUGGAGAUGAUGGCGAAAAUCUUGCCUAUGCCUCAGGGUAUGAAAUGACGGGUCAGAGAGCCGUAGACAUGUGGUACGAGGAGAUCAAAGACUACAACUUUGGCAACCCCGGAUUUUCUUCCGGAACAGGCCACUUUACGCAGGUUAUAUGGGUAGGUUCCCAGGAGGUGGGGGUUGCCAAAGCAAGCAACGCUAAUGGCACACAAUUCGUAGUCGCACGGUAUUACCCUGCUGGGAACGUUCUAGGACGCUUUCCAGAAAAUGUUCAGCCCAAAGGGUCAAAGAUUUCCAAAAAUGCUGGAAAGAAGACGGAACAGCCUCGUGGUAACAGACCAGUGGGUGGGAAAGUACAAGUCACUGUUAAUACCAAAGGAGCUUCUGACAAACCACAAAGCACCAGAGAAUUCAAGAAUGAGCUUCUCAAGUCACACAACGAAAUCCGUUCUCAACAUGGCGCACCUUCCCUCAAAUGGAAUUCGAAACUGGCUGCAGAGGCCCAAUCUUGGGCAGAAGACUUGGCAAGUAGGAACUGUAUACAGCCCAGCAGCUCAAACGACUACGGAGAGAAUAUCGCUUAUAUGUCUGGAGGGCAACUUACAGGAAGAAAAGUAAUAGAUAUGUGGUACGAAGAACACGACAAAUACAGCUACGGGAAUCCAGGGUUUUCCUCGACUACAGGCCAUUUUACCCAGAUAGUUUGGCAAAGCUCUAAAGAAAUGGGAGCCGGAAAAGCUGUUAGUUCAAGUGGAGCACAAUUUGUCGUGGCGCGUUAUCAGCCCCCAGGGAAUGUCCGGGGGCAGUUCCCCGAAAAUGUCAAACCUGCAGGAACCGGAGGGGGAGGAGGACAAAGUUGUUGUGUCAUUUUAUGAAUAACGAAAUACCAAGAGACUUUAUCUGGCACUAAAGGCUCCACGACGGCGGAACACCAGAUUGAAAUUUGUUUUAGAUUAAAAGAGAAACAAUUAAUAGGUAUGCUACAAUCGCAGACAAAACAUGUUUGAUAGGUUAUUCAUUUAUGAUGGAAAAGAACUGAAAAAAAAUAUAUAUCGUGAUUUUUCUUCUCUACACCCUCCUUGUUGAUGUCAAUGCAAAUGUCGAAUAUAUGAUUUCCGCGGACAAAUAAGACAAAACAACACUGGAAGAGGCACAAGGGCCAGAAAAAGUACCAAAUGCGAGCCAGGAUUGGAAAAAAGGGUUUACACUUAGCAUACUAUUUUAUUUGCGGUGGCCAAUUUACAUUAUCAACUCGGUUGAUAAAACCGAAUUAUCUUGUAAUACCCCCUAAUGUAACACCAUAGUUUCUGUAGGAAAUUACCCCAUGUACACUUGGCGUAGUCGUCUCAACAGUUUUGUCCGUGACUCUCGUCUUGAUGCUCCAGAAUAUUACGAUUUAAAACGGCAGGUUCGAAAGCAAAAAAAAAAAAACACACUCAAUAAAAUAAUUAUAACGCAUAGGUUAUCUCGAUAAAAAGAAAGGAUAUAAAUUAAAAAAAAAAACCAAGAUACAGGUUGCGAACAUUCUUUUAAAAUUGAACACUCAAGAGUCUCUUCAGAAACUUCAAAUAGUAGGUAACCUACUUUAAUCAUGAUGUUUAUGCACAUAGGCGCUCGUGAGGGUCUCGAAGGGGGUACAAAUGCCAGUUGUCAAUUAAAAUUUCGGCCAUUAAUAUAAUCAGUUGUCAGUUAUAUUCUAUGCCAUUUAUCAGUUGUCAGUUAAAUGACCGUUAAUAAUUAACUUUGCAAGUUAAUUAUUACUUUACCACCCUAUUAUCGGCUAGAUUUUUAAAUGGUUAAGAUUCUGGUAAUCGGGCAUCAUGAAUGUAGACAGAAGCUAAGUUAUGGUGAUGACUUCCUUCAAUAAAAUGAC